AUGCAUGAACUCGCCUGCAAUAACCGGGAGGUUGAAGGCCAGGGUUUCGGGGUGGUUCAGGUGGAGCCAGGAAGCCGCCGUUUGGAAGCCUUCUGUAUCGUUGAUGCCGCGGCCGCCGCGAGGAUGGAAGAGGAGGCUGCAAAUGAUCUUGAGGGUGGUGAGGGGAUUAUGGGACCAGGCCGAGGGAAGGAGCUGGUUCAGAUAGUUAAGGUUGGCCUGCUGCUUGGCCGGGGUCCAUGGGUUGAUGAGGCGGUAAAAUAG